CGAAGCGGGAGGCGGCGGGGCGGGGGCGCGGGAGCUCCCGCAGCCCCGGUACCGGCCCCGGCCCCUCUCCCGGCGUCCCGGUCAGCCCGCCCGGGGUACGUCCCGGGCGCCGUUCCCCGAAUCGCGCUGCCGUCCGCACGGAACCGGCGGGGGGUGCCCGGGGGUGCGGCCGGAGCCUCCCGGUGCCGCCCCCCCGCCACCGCCGCCGCCCUCCGUCGCCCCCCCGCCGCCGCCGCCGCCGGGGCGGGUCCCACCGAGCAUGCGCGCCACCGCCCCCCGCCCUCCCCCCGACUCCGCCGCUCCCUGCAACAGACCGGGGCGGCCGCGGCAGCCGGUACUGCCGCCGCGGGGACGGGCGCCGGGCGCGGGCGCGGAGCCAUGGCCGAAGGCGAGGACCUGCAGACCUUCACCUCCAUCAUGGACGCGCUCGUCCGCAUCAGUACCAGCAUGAAGAACAUGGAGCGGGAGCUGGUCUGCCCGGUGUGCAAGGAGAUGUACAAGCAGCCGCUGGCCCUACCCUGCACGCACAACGUCUGCCAUGUCUGCGCCAGCGAGGUGCUGCUGCAGCAUGGCUACCUCUGCUGUGACCCCACCUCCGAGCCCUCCUCGCCUGCUGCCACCCCUGUGACCCGCAGCCCCCGCCUCGGACGCCGGGCCGUCCCCAAGCCCGACCGCCUUGACCGCCUCCUGAAGUCAGGCUUUGGUACCUACCCGGGGCGCAAGCGGGGCACCGUGCACCCCCAGACCGUCAGCUUCCCCUGCCCAGCCUGCCAGCGGGACGUGGACCUGGGUGAGCGAGGCCUGGGCAGUCUCUUCCGCAACCUGACACUGGAGCGGGUCGUGGAGCGCUACCGCCAGACCAUCAACAUCAGCGCCGCCAUCAUGUGCCAGUUCUGCAAGCCCCCACAGCUGGAGGCCACCAAGGGCUGCACCGAGUGCAAGUCCAGCUUCUGCAACGAGUGCUUCAAGCUCUACCACCCCUGGGGCACCCAGAAAGCCCAGCACGAGCCCACGCCCCCCACCCUCACCUUCCGCCCCAAGGGUCUGAUGUGCCCAGAGCACAAGGAGGAGGUGACUCACUACUGCAAGACCUGCCAGCGGCUGGUGUGCCAGCUCUGCCGCGUACGACGCACUCACACCAGCCACAAGAUCACCCCGGUGCUCAGUGCCUACCAGGCCCUCAGGGAGAAGCUGACAAAGAGCCUCGCCUACAUCCUGAGCAGCCAGGACACGGUGCAGACCCAGAUUGCUGAGCUGGAGGAGACAGUGAAGCACACAGAGGUGAAUGGCUCGCAGGCCAAAGAGGAGGUGUCGCAGCUGAUCCAGGGGCUGUGUGCCAUGCUGGAGGAGAAGCAGGCGACCCUGCUGCAGGCGAUCGAGGAGUGCCAGCAGGAGCGGCUGGCCAGCCUGCACUGCCAGAUCCAGGAGCACCAGGCCAUGCUGGAGAACUCGGGCAUGGUGGGCUACGCCCAGGAGGUGCUGAAGGAGACCGACCACCCCUGCUUCGUCCAGGCUGCCAAGCAGCUGCACAACAGGAUCCUCAGGGCCACUGACUCGCUGCAGAGCUUCCGUCCUGCGGCCACAGCCUCUUUCAGCCACUUCCAACUGGAUGUCAGCAGGGAGCUGAAGCUGCUCACCGACCUGGCCUUCAUCCGAGCGCCCGAGGCCCCCGUCAUCGACACGCAGCGCACCUACGCCUACGACCAGAUCUUCCUGUGCUGGCGGCUGCCGCAGCAUUCGCCACCCGCCUGGCACUACACGGUGGAGUACCGCAAGACGGACGCCAAGGGCAAGGGGCUGAAGCUGUGGCAGCGGCGGGAGGAGGUGCGUGGCACCAGCGCCCUCGUGGAGUACCUGGACACCGACAGCGUCUACGUGCUCCGGGUGAAGGGAUGCAACAAGGCGGGCUUUGGGGAGUACAGCGAGGACAUCUACCUGCACACACCACCCGCCCCAGUCCUCAACUUCUUCCUGGACAACCGCUGGGGCUUCAACCGGGACCGGCUGGUCAUCAGCAAGGACCAGCGCGCCGUGCGCAGUGUCCCCGGCAUCCCCAUGCUCUUCGCCGCUGAGCGCCUGAUGACCAGCUGCCACCUCUCCAUCGAUCUGGUCAUCGGCGAUGUGGCCAUCACACAGGGCAAGAGCUACUGGGCCUGCUGCGUGGACCCCAGCUCCUACCUGGUCAAGGUGGGCGUGGGGCUGGAGAGCAAGCUGCAGGAGUGGUUCCAGGUGCCACAGGACGUGGUGAGCCCCAGGUAUGACCCCGACAGCGGCCACGACAGUGGGGCAGAGGACACGACGGUGGAGGCACCCCCGCCCUACGCCUUCCUCACCAUAGGCAUGGGCAAGAUCUUGCUCUCGCACGGGUCGGCACUCACCUCUCGCGACCCCAACGGCUGCACCGUGCCCUUGCCGCCGCGCAUCGGCAUCUGCCUGGACUAUGAGCAGGGCACGGUGAGCUUCUACGAUGCCGUCUCCUUCCGUGAGCUCUGGGAGUGCGGUGUGGACUGUUCAGGGCCUGUCUGCCCUGCCUUCUGUUUCAUUGGCGGGGGUGCCCUGCAUCUCCAGGAGCUGGUGGCCAACAAGCAGGAGCGUAAAGUGACCAUCGGGGGCUUUGCCAAGCUGGACUGAGCUGUGCGUAUGCUCCCCGCACGUGUGCUGGCUGUGACCCCUGAUUGCCCAGCAAGCUCCAGGGCCUGGGGGGCACGCAAGCGAGCAGGGAGCAGAGCACAGCGAGGGCAGCCCCGGCCCUGCUGCCAGCUGGGAGCAGGCCAGGUGUUUGUUUUGUGGGGUGGGGGGGACGAGGACAGCUCUGCCGUCCCCUCCUCUCCCCAUCCACCUGCCCCUUUCCCCAGCUGGGCUUGAGGCUGUGGGCAGGGCUGGGCAGAGGGUGCGUGCCAGGUCCUGGCAGAGGAUCAGCCCUAGAGAUGGACCACGGAGGGGGCUGUGAGUGGGACGCAGGGCUGUGCAGGGAGGGGGGUGG